AUGAGGAAAUUGAAGAACUUUUGUGCUGUAGAAAGGCAGCUGGUAAUUCCACUCUAUAAACAGAAUUGUCUACUAGCACCAAUCUCUCUUUUCCUCUCAGAGCAAGUUUCUCUAAGAAUCUCUCUCUCUCUGUCUCUCCAAGGCUCUUUCUGAGUGAUCUCCAACCUCAGGUUCUGUCUGGGUGCUUGCAUGCUGAUUGUGCAUACCAAGUGUCCACUUCAACUGUGUUAUUUUAAUCAACUUUGGAGUUGUGCAUUUUCCUGCUGUUUCACAAUGGCCGUCACUGAUAAGCAUGCCUAAGGCGGUUCAAGGGUUCAGCUAAUUAGGGUAUACGUCUAUUUAAAUCCCUCUCUUCUCCCAGCGGGCAGACUGUCAAAAAUAAGGCAAGGAAACACAAAGGCACAGCACCCAUCCAUCCUUCAGCACUGAGUGCCACAGCACAAGGGUGACGGGAGACAUGCUUCCUCUACCUUUUGGUCCCCAAUUACCAUGCUCCCAGUGGGCUCUGAGGCCAGCCAGACCUGACUCUCUCUCUCUCUCUCUCUCUCUCUCUCUCCUCUCUCUCUCUCUCUCUCUCUCUCUCUCUACCUCUGUUGCUCCCCCCUUCUCUCUCUCUCUCUCUCUCUCCUCCACCCCCCCCCCCCACCCUUCCCUCCAGGUGCCGGUGUCGGUGGCCAUGAUGAGUCCCCAGGUGAUCACCCCCCAGCAGAUGCAGCAGAUCCUUCAGCAGCAGGUCCUAUCCCCUCAGCAGCUCCAGGCCCUGCUCCAACAGCAGCAGGCCGUCAUGCUGCAGCAGGUACCUAACAGAUACACACCUAGUAGAUACACACAGAGAGACAUGCGUAAUAACACACACACACAUCCACACAAUCAAAUACACACCGAGAGACAUUCACCUAGACACACACAGACAUAGUGUCAUAGUCAUACACACACAGUUACAUGCAUAUGGUCACAUAAUACCUGCACCCACAUACACACACACACACACACACACACACACACUGCCUGUGUUGCACUGUAUACACACCAAACAUAAUGUACAGUACAUCCAUGCCCGCUGCGCCCUUGACACAGUUAUAAAAGAGAGAGACUAGAAGUGACGCACUUGACCACGUCACAACCAAUUACCUAUAUUCCGCCGAGGGUCUAUUUCCUGGGAGCCCUCAGGAAAGGUAAAAGCUGUCAGGAUAAAGACAUAGUUACUGUAGUUAUGAGGAAGUCAAUGAAAGAGGGGUGGAGUCAAUACAGGAAGUGAGACAGGCUGAGUCAUAUAUGGAAGGAGUUGACUUGUAAUUUCAUCAUUAUUUCAUAGAUAGACUGCAGUGAGGAAAGCCUUAAGUAGGGAAAUAUUGUUUAAUUAACUACCCUCUUUAGUGGAAUUUAUGAAUUAAUUCAGUUUCAGGAAGAUGUCCCAUGCAGGCUAUAGACUGAUUGCAAUUGUAUAUUCUUUAUAAGACCCUACUGUACCUCCUCUAUCUUCAGGAGUCACUGAGAGUAGCAUAGACAGCAGACAGUGGAUGUUAUGUGUGAUGUGUGCUAAACGCAUUACUUUUAGAGUGCUGUAUUCACUUUAAAGCAUUUCAGUGCCUGUCAAGACAUUAGACCAAAAACUGUAUACUAGUUAAUAUGAUUAAUUGUGCCCCCUCCAGUACUGUGCGAGGCCAUUUAAAGUCCAUAUGGAGAAGACAUGGAGGGAGAGCGAGACUACAGUAUGUGUCCCCCCUGCUAGAAAAUGAAUAAGAUUAUUUAUGGCACUUCAAUGAUGUGUUAUACGUAACCAACAUGUGUCGGUGUUGUCGUGGCACCUCAUUUUCAACAAAAAAAGGAAAAACAACGACAAACAAAAUGAAUUACAACAUGUCAGAACCUUGGCCAAUGCUCAUUUUGCUGCUCUAGUAUGGAAACAGAUUUCUUAUUAACUUUACAAACACAUUGCUACAGUAUUAUACCAUAUGGUCAAUAUACUCUGUCUCAGUAAAUCUAGGCUUUCCACUGCCCAAAACGUCACACACCAUACCAAUGAAACCAAGAGCAAAGAAGCAUUUGCCAAUGUCUAUUCACAUAGCCAGAAGAUAAUAUGGACAUUCUCCUAGGUUACCUGCAAUGAUGUUAUAAUCUCUCUCUCCCUCUCUUCCCCUCCCAGCAACAUCUGCAGGAGUUUUAUAAGAAACAGCAGGAGCAGCUACACCUACAGCUUUUACAACAGCAGCACCCUGGAAAGCAAGCAAAAGAGGUGGGUAUCUGUUUAGACACGUAAUGGCCUGACAGUGGGAGUGGGAGGGAAUGGGCGGACAUGCAAAACAAGCAGGGAAGAAGUCUAGAUGAUGUCUUUCUGGCUGUCUCACUCAGUUCAGUCUUCAGGUUAGCAGCUGUGGUUUGGGGAAACCUUCCCCAUAUUUCUGCGAUUCCACAGACCAAGCUAACUAAUCCAAAGCCAAUGUUCUCUAAUGCUAGCUAAUGGUUCUCCCAGUGUUACGUGGUGUGUGCUGUAUGUGUUUGAUGGGCAAAGCACUGACACUUGUUAUCUGCCACUAGGGGAGACUUGGGGAGAAAUUACUGGGGUUUUUCUCUCCCUCCUUCUAAAACAUGUAAAUGGAGGGACGUGAUGUUAAAAAGCUAAAAAGCCCAGUUUGAGCCGAGAGAGAGAGAGGACCAAGUCACAGGGUCUGCUGAUUAAUGAACUGCUUCUGUGGGUUUUGGCCGAGCGGCGAGCAGCAGAAAAGUUAAGAGUGUGACGCGCUCAUAAAUCACACUGACAGCCCGCCAGUCUACUGGGCGAGGCUCGCAGUCUGUCACAGGAGCCGAACAUCGUAGCACGCCGCGCGCUGUGCCGAGGCCAAAUCAUAACAAAACAUGGGGAAGCAGUUAAAUUGAUCAGGAAAAGGUAUCGCAGACACCUUUUCCCAGGCACCUCUCUCUUUCCUCUCUCUCUAUCCCCUCCUCCCUCCCUCCCUCCCUCCAUCUCUCUCUCUCUGUCUCUUCAAGCGGCCCAUUAUGCAGACCCUACAGGAAGCUGCUACUGACCUCCCGGAGGCUUUGUUUCUGUUUGGAUUUGUGAAUAGAAUUUUGAGCCCUCCGUCGCCAUCAAAUAUAGAAUAGAAAUUGCUCCUUUAUUUCUCCUGAGACGGCGGGUCCAAUCCACAUGACUUGCUCCAUUAUGCAGUCUGUUUUCCAGUGAGCGCAUCACAAGUUUUGUCUGACCCCACACCUCACCCCCCAGGCUAGAAAGGAAAGGGUCUUCCAAUGCAGCUUGUCUCUCUGUGAAGUGUGACUGCCUCCACAUAUAUCCUCAUGAGUGUCUCUCCACAACUCGAUGGCCGCCUUGGUUUUGUUAUUCUUGGCCAAAAAACAACAACAUUUAUUCUAGACUCUCCUAUAAUAACAGGCCUUUCCUUGAGUGAAUGUACAUUUUUUUUGCAAUGGAAUCUGAUAUUAGAAAGAUAGUGGAGGAAAAAGAGAGGAGAGAGAGAUGUAGAGCUAACAGAGCCUGUUGUACGAUAGCUCCAGUACCUCCCAUGUUUCCUAAUAGACCACUAGAGAUCAUCAUCCACAGCCCACUGAGGACUAAAAAUGUUUAGCUGUGAAAAAGAAGUACCAUUAAACUGGUAAUGAAGUGAUGCUCAGUUCUUGGCAUGUUUACUGUUAUAGAAACGGAUUAUAUCAUGGUAAUACACAGUUAGCUGUCUGAUCGACAUCUGCAAUAACAUCAGCUUAUAGUUCUGAUUUAUAGUUGUGUUUUUGCCUGUGGAAUAGUACUGUUAUGAUUAAGCCACAAAAGUCAGGGCUUUUUUCCCUUCCCCUCCAGCUUGUUUUUCUGUGGUUGCUUUGGCAGUUGUUUUUUGUUGUUGUUGUUGAUGUUGUUGUUUCGCUCGGGCUUACGCAGUCGGCUGUCUGGCUGGCCCAGCAGUAAACAGGUUUGGGAGGGUGGGGGGGAGGGAGGGAAGGAGGGAGGGUAACGCUGGUGGGCUCAGUUGCUGUGAAUCUCCCAGCGAGUUCCCCUCGGCCCCAUAAGCUGUAAUAGACCAUCAGCAAAUGCAAGACAAUUAACUAUCAGCUGUUGGGGGAAGGGAUUACCCAGGGCUUAAUAUCAUUCAGAAGACUCAUCUCAUAGCAGUCUGGAGUGGAGAGUGCAGUCAGUCAGUCUAUCAGCCCAGUGUGCCUAGCUCUGCCUCGUUCAGCAAGAGGAGGAGACAGAAUAGAACAGGAACUAAGCAAAAAAGGAGGAGAGGAAAGAGAGAGAAAGGAGAGAGGAAAAGAGACAGGCAGUUAAGAUCAUGGAAGCAGCAGCAGCAUCGGCAAUGGAAGCGUCCUCGUCGUCAUUGUGGGCGCCCACUUUCUUGUUAAUUUGUGUAAUUUGUGCUCCUCUCCUCCUCCACUCCUCCUCCUCCGCCUCCUCCUCCUGCUCCUCUUCACUAUAGCAGCAACAGCAGCAGCAGCAUCAGCAGCAGCUCGCUGCCCAGCAGCUCGUCUUCCAGCAGCAACUCCUCCAGAUGCAACAGCUCCAGCAGCAGCAGCACCUGCUCAACAUGCAGCGCCAGGGCCUGCUCUCCCUGCCCCCGGCCCCAGGACAGGCAGCCCUCCCCGGGCAGACCAUGCAACCAGGUAAGGGGGUGGCUGGAGGGAGUGAGGAGGGAGAGGAGGGGGAAGGGGAGAGAGCCUGGGGCUUCAGGGGCUCUGGGGCUGGGGGGCUAUAGCGCAUGUGACUGCCGGCGGCCACACCGCUCUCUCUAUCUCUCUUUCUAUUUCCCUCUUUGUUUCUAUCUCUCUUUCUCUCUCAGCGCUGCCUGUCUCUCUGUCUCUUCCUGUGUCUGUGAGUGUUUUUCUCUCCCCCUCUAUUCCCUCGCUCCCUGCUCACCCCUCCCUCUCUGGGUUGUUGUUGUUGUUGUUGUUUACUGCCUGCCUCACAGUAAGCAGCGAAGAAGCAGCUUCCAUUUUCUCUCGCCUCGCCAAGAAGUAAAUACAUGUUUACCAAAAUGGCGGGGGGGAAACCAACAACAACAACAACAACAACAACAACAACAACAACAACUAGGAAGGCACCAAACGAAGGGGGGUUAAUUACCAGUGUGAGGCUGAAACAAAAGGACAAUGCGCAUUUAUCUAGCUAGAUAAUAUAAUUUGUGCUAACUGAAUUCUUCUUUCUCUAUGAAUGUAAUCCAGUGGCAGCCAUUGUAGAUCAAUGCCCGUGGUUCCCUGUAGAUUUCAUUGGAACACUGCAUUCUUAUUAAGCAGAACCGCUAACAAGAGAUCAUCCCAGUUAAUCUCUCAGUGUAGCUGUGUGUCAUUUGGUUAAAAGACUAAGCCUGGGUGGUGGAUCAACAAGUAAGUUAGAGAUAUAUGUAGGCAGUAAACAGGAGGAAGUUAUUUGUGUUGGUUUGUGAUGACUCUGUGUUUAUGUAGUCUACAAUACAUCAGCUCCAGGCAUAGUAGUGUAUGUGUAACUGUAUUGUAACUGUAUUGGUCCUCUGUUUCUUCCCCUCUCCCAGCUGGACUGAGCCCAGCAGAGCUCCAACAGUUGUGGAAGGACGUGACCGGUGGCGGCCACAACAUGGAGGACAACGGCAUCAAACACAGCGGCGGCGGCGGUGGCCUGGACCUGACCACUACCAACUCUUCCUCGACUACCUCCUCUACCACUUCCAAAGCAUCACCUCCCAUCUCCCACCACUCCAUCGCCAAUGGCCAGUCUCCCGCACUCAACUCCAGAAGAGAGAGAGAGCGAGAGAGGGAACGGGAAAGGGAGAGGUACGGAAAGUGAGCAACUCAUCCGCCACUCACCACACAACACAUUGUACACACAAAAGUUAGGACGCACAAAAAGCUUGUUGUUGACUGGUAGUUGUUUGUUGUUUUAUGGCUUUUAAUAAUGUACAAAUACAUUUGAUAUCUAUCUAUAGAAACUCCCGAUCAGAGUAUUUGUCCCCGUUUAGAAACGAAAAGAAAAAACCUAUCUGUUCCUGCCGGGUUGAACAUGAUGUUUUGUUUGUUUGUUCAAUAGUUUAUUAGUGUCUUGGUAAUAUUCAAAAAACAGCCUCGGCCUCCCUAGGGACAGCAUAGGAUGCUAUUGAACACAGUUGCUUACACCAUAUCAAAGCAAGGAAGACACCGGCAGCAAUACAUUGCUGAAUGAGCAGAAAGCAAAGGUAACCGCAACCGUACAUUAAGUAUUUAGUGGCUCUUUUCUUUUGAAAUUACCUAGCUGCUCCGCUUGUCAUGUAAACAGAAUACAUGAUGCCAAGGUGGUAUUUUAGAAUGUUUAUCCUUGUGAUGCCGCCUUUAUAUGAGGUUCCGACUGUAAGAAAGCACUGUUCACAUAUCUGUCUAUCUGGGUCUAUGUAUUAUUCAAGGCUCUUUCCUGCGAUAUAAUAAGAAUGUGGUGUAGUGUAGUGGUGGUAGAUCGACUUCAGUGGAGGUGGAUGUGUUGUGUAAUUGGUUUAAAGUAGAUGCUAUCUGCUACCACCACUAAAAGGGGGCUUGAAAAAUAUAUAUUUAGAAGGCAGAUGUCUCCUAUAAGAGAAAGAAAAACAGGAGGAGGUGUAGGGAGGGAAAAAAAGAGAAAGAAAACACUUUUUAUCUGUUAGUGUCCCCCGGGGGGGGGUGUGGCGUCUCGUAAUGAUCGAACACGGAGUAUUGUCAAGGAGAGAUGCUUACUAACACACAGUGGAUCGAUGGAGGGAAAGCCUGCCUGUAGAAACCCUGUGUGAGCUCUCACACACACACAAAAUCCCCCUCACACACACACACUGACACACGAACACACGAACACACACACCCUCCAACCCCCCAAAUACAGAAACAAGUGGAGCCGAAAGGUUAAACCGUCACUUUUAAUAGGAUGUGCUGUCUACUCAGGGUCAUAACUUAUUUGGGUGCCAUUUCCCAAGCAGAACCCCCUCUUGUCCUCAAAAUAACAUAAUUUACAGAGAAUAUUAUUAAUCUCAUGAUGAAAAUUAUAUGGCCGUCUGGAUUUUUCAUGUUUACUUGAAAGUCCUCCGUUGAUCACUUUACAAGAUGAAGAAAUAGGGGUCGGGAAAAAAAGAAAAGGAAAUUGGUCCCUCUAUGAAUUUGGGUUGGCUGGAUGGUUUCUCACACAUUGUUUAGGGGUUUGCAAUAACAUAGCUAAACCUCUAGAUCAAUAAUCAGAUGUUAACCAUAUUGCUAUGCCACCCGUCCUCAUCUUUUCACCCUUCUGUUAUUAGAAACACCCUAUUCCCUUUAUAGUGCACUACCUUUGGCCAGAGCAGCAAGAGACUCAUGGGCUCUGGCCAAAAGUAGUGCACUAUAUAGGGAAUAGGGUGCUAUUUCAGAUGCAGACAGUGACUUCCAUCCUUGGCUUAAUUAGGCUCCUUCCCUCCUCCUAGCAGCCUUGGCAGUUGAACUAUUCAAUAGAACAGGGCUGAAUUGACCUGUUUUGACCUGCUUGUCGCUGAUGGUAACCUGACAGCCACCAGCAGCCUUUUGUGAUGAAUCUGACGCCAGUCUACCCUUCUCUCUCUCUCCUUCUUACUCUCUACCCCCGAUCCUUCCUUUUUCUCUCUGUCUCUGUCUCUCUCUACCUCUCUCUUCUUUCUCCCCUCUAUCUCUCUCUCUCUCUCUCUCUCUCUCUCUCUCUCUCUCUCUCUCUCUCCUCUCUCUCUCCUCUCUCUCUCUCUCUCCCUCUCUUCUCUCUCCCUCUCCUUCUCUCCCCCUGUCUCUCUCUCUCUCUCUCUCUCUCCCUCUCUCUCUCUAUUCUCUCUUCAGCUCGUUACAUGAGGAAAGCGGAGCCUCCCACUCUCUCUACGGUCAUGGGGUGUGCAAGUGGCCCGGCUGCGAGAGCGUCUGUGACGACUUCGGACAGUUUUUGAAGUAGGUCUUACUCUAAGAAUUUACUCUACACUGUGUCUUAACUCACCUCCCCUUUCCUGUACUGACCGACUGCAUAUAUCAUCAUGUCUUAGCUUACACUGUGAAUUUACUUCAUGACUGUGCACUACGUUACAGUCUCCUUUGUUAAUACUAAAAAAGUACAAGCUCAAUGACAGUUGCACUUAACAACCACAGGCCAAGACAAUGGCCCCCAUGAAAUCCGAUAAAGCCUCAUGUCACCCAGCCAAGCGCCUCUCAUGGCUCUUUCUCACUGCAGAAACGACAUCUUAUGUUCCAUGGUAUAAAAGUUGCCAUUCAUCAACUAAGAUGAGCUUAGCUGCUGUACAUUUUUUGUUUCUCAAUAAUGAAACUGUAGAGGCCUAUUCUGGGGUAUUUUCCACAGUACCAGAGCGGCUCUUUGCGAGCUUAAUCGAGGGGGCCCAACAAAGAGAUAAACACGCUUGCAUCUCAAUGGGGACAUUUUGAUGUAUAGAUUGUAUAGACUGUGAGGCGGCUGGCUACAUUAACUCUAGAUGUAAAUGACCUUUUUACACCCAAAUCUCCUCUUCAGCUCACCGAGUUGCAGUGAAAGGGCCUGAUAGGCUUGUGUGAAGAGCAUCAAAAACGAAUGGCAACUUGUAUAGAUGCGCGGGGGCCCCACAAUGGCUGCAUUCAGUGUUGUCAUGGCGCCUGCGACGGACUGAAUGAACUCUUCAUGCUUCAUCAACAAUUUAGUUAAUUAGCUCAUUUGUAAUUGGUCUGCUUUGUUGCCUGGGAUGUUAGUGGGGGACAUCAAAGGAGAAGGUGUUUGCUAGCGCCGUAGAUUACAGGUUAUCACGUUGCCACUCACUGGAGUAGCUAGGCUCUUUCUCUCUCUUCAUUCGAAAAUAGAGAGAAAGGGGGCGAAGCAUUCAUUGGAAUAUUCUAAUUAGAUUUGUAAUUAGCUGAGAAAUAAUGAUCUCGUCAAGCGUUUUCAUGGGUGUAAAUGUCCAUGGACAUUCCACACAAACUCUUUUGAAAUUGGGAUAUUGUUCUAUUUUGGGGAGGGGGAUUCUUCCUUACAUUACAGUGCUGUAACUCCAUAACUGUGGUUCUGUGAUGAUAUGGAAGCCCACCAGGGCCAAAGCAGAGCUGUAGGAUUUAGGUCAGGCAAAACCGAAGGCAGAAGCUUGGUUAAUUAUACAGCCGUUUGUAGCACUAACAUGUGCAUUAGGGCUAAUGUGUCUCCGUGUAGAGAGACAUUACUCAAAGCCAGACUGGCUUUAUUUACAAAACCUCUACAGACGCCACAAGUCAGACAGACAAUACAUUUAUUGUGUAUUAUAUCAAUGCCUCUAUUCAAUGGACAUGCCAACAAAAGACACGCCUUUGAAUUAAUUAUAUCCAGGUAUAUUUCUAUCAUAAUGUAUUUCUAUGGAUAUUAUGUGUGCUUAUCCCCAGUGGAAGAUGCACUGCAUAGAGCAGCAUGGUGGAUGUCACUAGCAGAGAUUUGCUCGGGGAAAGGCAGUAUAGGCAAUACUAUAAGAUUACACUUUAUUCUGGUGGAGGCAGAGGAGAAGUUUGCCUUGCAGCUUGAGUAAGAUUUUGGCUGUGUGUGAGACUGCAUGGCUAUAGUGGAUUAGUGGUCUGUAGUCAUACACUCAGUUCACUUUGUCUUACCGAAUCCACCCCUUACUGUACAUGGGCUUCCAUGUAAACACGGAUACGUUUGUUUACUGUAUGGGCGUCUUUAUAGUUUAGUUUCUCAUUUAGGUUAGGGCAUAGGUACACAGUAGGCUAUAAAACAUGUGACUGUAUAUAUUCUGUAAGAACAGUGUAGAAAAAAGGAUUGCACAGAUAGGCAUAUACUAUACAGUAGUAGACUAGAAAGAGGUGUUGCAGGUCAUUCUCUGACAGCUGGUAUAGUAUGGAAAGGACCCUCCCUAAAACAACUGUCUUCACAAAACAGCCUUAAAGAUUCUGGGUGAGACUCCACGUCGUUACAUCCAGCCUGCGAGGCGUCAGAGGUUCAUGUACUGUAACCUGCACAUGAAAACAGACAACAACAAAAGACAUCGUAAUCCUGGCAGAACAAAGAUGGCUGCUUGUCUGCCUUGCCUUGGAGGAGGUAUCGUCAGUGUCAGGGAGAGCCUUUUAAUGUUUUCGGAGAUGCCACUCAUCUCCUCGGCAACAGCCAGGUACACGCACACUUUAAAAUGGUUUACAUAAAAUAGGUGUCAGAAUCAAAUGGCACUUUAAGAUGAGAAUGCGAGGAAGGGGGGAAACCUAGGUAACCUGAUGGUUGGUUGCUGGAGGUAUGAAACAAAGCCGCAUGCAGCGGGCGCAUUUAGUCAUCUUUUGUUGUGUUGCGGUAGGAAACUUGUCAAGAUCAGCAUUUAAUAGCUCUUCAGUGUCUCUUUUAUGUGUUCACCUGGAGAGCUAGCCUGGAGGUUGGUUGGCACGUUGUAUUAGCUCUGUAGUUCAAAUGUACUAUUAGCGUGGGAGUGUUCGAGGGGGUGUCGGGGGCGUGUGUGUGGGCCUGUGCGUGCAUGUUGAUGCAUGUAAGUGUAUGUGCUUCUAAAUUGUUUUGAGGCGCAUAUCUUUUCAAGGAAGGUUUGCCAGGAAUGAGAACAACUCAUUUCACACCCAGGUUUGUUUUUUUAGAUGAAUGUUACAGUGAUAUGUAUACAUUUGUGUGCAUAAUACAGUACUGUACAGUGCAAUCAAUGCAGACAUAUUUCAUUCAUUCACAUCACAUACAUUUUACUACUCUAUUCUGUUCAGUUAUUAUAUAAUGCUUCCUGCUCUGUUCCCUAGUUCUAUAUUGAUUUGCUCUCCCCUCUAUGACUCACACACACACACUCAUCCAUUCGAGAGGAGUUAGUUACCAUUUGAUUAUCAUCUCCAAUUAAACAUCCUUCAGCCCGUCAGCUCAUAUAUAUGCAUACCCAUCAUCCAAACCUCCAGCAUGCCCUGACCGCCAACCCCUCAGAACAGGGUCUCCCUAAAUCGAUGCACCUCGCCGUCUACACAGACAAUUUAUCUGCCUCCUCACUUAACUCUUCCCCUCUCCCCCUCCGACGCCAUGUCCCCCUCUUCCCCCUUACCCAGCAGGCAGUAGCAUCAGAGAGAGAAAUGGCAAGCGGGAGAGAGAGAGACGUUAACCUGACCACGAGUGUCUCUAACCGUUGCUUAAUUAAACCCACAAGGCAGUAAGAAGCCCCCGGAUAGGUCCCCUCAGCGCUACUCUGCCAGACGUCUGGCUGGGUGUGACAAGACCUUUAAAACUGAGGGCAUUACAUUAGUUAUGCAUAUGCUGCUGUCUGGUCUGUUGUGGGUCUGCAAUGUGUGUUUGUGUUACUCUGCGUCAGGGAGGAGGGAGGCCCCAGCCUAUCUAGCAUGAAGGGUCUGGGUCGACAAAGCUGUGAUAGGACACAUGGACAAUUAUUGACACCAUACUGUAUGUGUGCUUGAAGGUAUAUUAGCAGGCUCUUAGAACUUUUUUAUGAUGUUUAAAUAUCAUUUCAGUGUAUUGUGUAUAUAACCGUUAUUCUUUUUCUUAAUGGUUGAUGAGGAGACAAAAUGAACAACAUAAUAUGAUACUGCAUAGGAAUAACUAUCCCAAAGUGUAUAACAGCCACUUCUCAUAAACUAGGAACCUUUGCUUUGUUUUUGUCUAGGAAACCCUGCUAUACACAACACACCACUGUAUUAGUGUGGCCUCUCUGUCCCUGAAUCCCUGCAUCUGUCAAUCUCCCCAGCUCUCCCUCUUUCUCUCUGCCUUCCUGUGCUAUUGGGCCCAUCACAUUGGUUAUUCCCCACUCAAAACAAAAAUCAAUAUGCCUAUAAAGUGACCCAUAAAUUACGUGCUGGCUCCAGAAAUGUUUGUUCAGAGCUGUCUUUGUGAAUGCAUCCGGCCUCUCUUCCCCCCUCACCUCUCUGUUUGAACUGCUCUGAGUCUGACUGGGCCCGGCUCAUUAGGGGAUAUACUGGUGACGACGACGGAUAACCUGUCUCUCUCUCUCUCUCUCUCUCUCUCUCUCUCUCUCUCUCUCUCUCUCUCUCUCUCUCUCUCCUCUCUCUCUCUCUCUCUCUCUCUCGCUGUCACUCUCUCUCUCUCUAACUCACUUUCUCUCUCUCGCUGUCACUCUCUCUCCCUCACACCAUCUCUCUCUUUCUCUCUCUCUCUUUCUGUUUCUCUAUGUCUCUCUCACUCUCUCUCUUGCACUCUCUCUCUAUUUCCCUCUCUUUAUUAAUGCAUAGUAGAGGCGCUUUCCAUUUGAAUAUUUCAUAUGCAGGCCGUAAUCUGUUUGUAAUCGCCUUGCUAACUGGCCAGCAGAAGAAGAAGAGGAAGAUAAAAAAAGUUUGAAAAAAUGGUCGGAGGAAUAUCGAGAGGCCUUCUGCGGCUAAUUCACAACCUCCCCCCUCCAACAGGAGAGAAAAAAACACAAGCUGCUUGUCUGUCGAUGAGAGGGAAACUUAAUAAAGAUUUUUUUUUUUGUAUUUGGUAAUGAAGUAUCUUCAGGGAUAGCGUGCCAGCCCACUUGGUGCUUUUGAAGUAGCUGUAAUUUAUGACACAUGCCAUACAUCAAGUGCAUAAGAUAGCAUUAUGAGCAUUGAAAUGAAAAGGGUAUUUGGAACAUUAGUUCCCUCUUCCUGGGAGGGACGUGAUU